AUGGACACCUUGCUUCGAGUCCAACAUGGAGUAAUCCUGAGCAACAAGGAAGUGGCUAUGGGACUAGCCCAGAUUACAAACAAGAGGAUAUACAACGAGUUUCGACGACUUGACAAUGAAUUGGCAGCACAAAAUCCCGCUGUGCAGCCUUUCACCAAACUCGGUGGCUUCUUUGCGCCACUUUUUCGAGCUUGGAUGGACGCUCUGGUUGACCAUCCUGAAGGUGGUCUCAAAGCUUUAGUUCCGAGUGAGGUUGAGCCUCUGAAGCAGAAUAUCGCUCAGAGUCUUGCCGCUCUAGAUGCGCGAUCUGGAGAAAUCUCUCAGAUCAACGAGGAUGCCAAGUACCGGGAUUUCAAGACCAAGUGGAACGUCUUUCGAGCUCUUCCGCAAUCUGCGUGGACCAUCCAAAUUAGUUGGGAAUGGCCGAGCUGUGAUGUUGCGCGGACAGAUGGUUCGGACCCUGGGGUUUGCGAGUUGCCAUAUGCGACUUCCACUAUCACUUCAUCUUCAACGACUUCGUACAAGCCUACGACAACAAUGACCGACUCACCAACAACAAUCACAUCUACGGUGCUGACACAAUCGCUGACACUGACGCCAAUUCCGUGCGGUGCAGAGGAGUGUGGGACUAUCAGCUGCGCCGGAGAAGACAUCGGGGAGUGUCUUGCUCUGUCGAUGGGAAGGGGAUUUGCAUGCGGUUGCCAACCUCGAACGUGGACAGUUUCUUAUACCAGCACGAUUGUGGCAGCCAAAACAACGGUAACAACAACUUCGCGGUCGCCGGAUUCAACUUCCCCAAAGACCAGCUCUACGACAUCGGCACCAGGUGCUAAAUGGACACAGUCAUGUAAUUUUGGCGGUCUGAGGUUUGACAGAGAGACAGCCACUGGCUGGGUUGAGGAGUUUUGCAAAGAUGCUAACAAGAAGAAAUGGAGUGACGAUAAGUGGUUUGGUGCUGCGGUCGAUGGCAAACUAGUCAAGACCAAGGGUAUCAAGGUCUUUGAAACCGACAGCGAAGACACUGUAUCUUCGUACAAGUUCACCAUCCACGUUGUCAAGCCCAAUAACGACGCCGACGGAAGCUUGUGGUGUAAUACCAAUGGAAGAGGUUCAACUUUGGCCUCCGCUCUCGAUUGGCUGAGAGAAGACCCUCAGCAAUGCAGAACUCAGUUGCACGAGUUGCUCAAGUGUAAGCCGAAUGCAAAUGACGCAGAUAGGCCUUCAGGAGGGACUCGGGCAGGCCUUUGCUUGCAUUGGACUAUCAAAGUAAGGAAGAACUAG